CGCGCGUGGAACAUGACGCAGCGAACAUCCGCCAGCCUUUCGGUUGGUCCGCCUUUCUGUCGACUGAACUCAGCUGUUGUCGUCGAGAAGCGUCCAACUGGGGGAGGAGAGGGAAAAGGUUGUGGACACUAGUGUCGCAGACAGGCGAGGAAAAAAGUAAACGUCAUUUAAAUAUUAAAAGCAACCGUUAGCGGAGUUGGAAAAGCGGCAGGAAUCGACGGAGCUGCUUUUCCAGUCGGCGGCGUCAACACGUCCGUGACUUUGCUCUGCGAGCGGGGGAACGUCUGUUGACGGAUACGGUUCGGCUCCAGCGAAGGGGGACGCGGCUAGACCCGACUGCGCAGCACCCGGCCGGCCAGCAUUGCGUUGUCCAGGAUGUCUUCGAAGGUUCACAGCUCCAACAGCAUCAACCACACCCGGCGGAUGGUGCAGCAGCUGAGAUUGGAGGCGAGCAUUGAGAGGAUAAAGGUAUCCAAGGCUUGUGUAGACCUUAUGAACUACUGCACUGACAACGCCAAACACGACCCUCUGCUCAUGGGCAUCCCCACUUCAGACAAUCCCUUCAAGGACAAAAAGCCUUGCACUAUAUUGUAGUGCUUGACACUUAGCAUCUAUGAUUUAAUUUUUUUGCUUAUUAAUGUUGCUGAAUUUUAAUGUUGCUUCUUUGUUUGAGGAGUGAGGGGGGGACCGCGAUCGUAUCAUUACCGUGUUUUCUUAACAAUUCAACCAUGAUUUUCUUAAACCCCAUUUAUUAGUAAUGAGCUGUGUGUUCUGUGGCUGCCCCAUUAACCUGUAACUUAAUCCCUCAGUCUGAGCUCUGAUCACUAACAGGACUUUGACAGUUUUUAAAUAUUUGAACAGUCCUGACUCUUCGGUGGCAGAUCAGCUCCUUGUGUUUAGCGCACAGUUUUAUCUCCAAUGGGCAGCGACUGUUAUCUGCUUUGCCUUAAGUGGACUCAUCAGCCAAGGUUCCCACUGGUCCUUAACGUGUUUAUCAGUUUCCAGGUGGAUCGCUGCGCCUCCAAACUGUUUUCCCACCAGUAUUUGACGGCUUUCGUGCAGCUUCGAAUUCCGUGGUCUGUUUUACACCGAGCUCUUAUUGAUGCUAUUUGGGCAGCAUCGCCUGCUGUUAAACUAUAGCAACUCCAAGUAUUCUGCAGCCCGUCACAGCUGCAGGAGCUCCGACCGGCCCGUGACAAUCCACAUUGUAUUUUAGGCCUCAUUUUCCCGUCUGGUAUUUGCAUUGUGAUUACCAAGCCACAGUGUUGUCUUUUCCCCGUUUAAUGACGCUUAGUGUUUGGGCCUUGAAUGCGACGUCGUCUUCUGCAGACCCGAGUUUGUAUAAGAUGACGGUCAGGGGACAAUCCGAAGUGAAGAUCUUGGGACCAAACCAAACCAACCGUCUGACUGUGCGCGUGGAGGAGGUCUUUCCUUUUUUGUGUGGUACUUUUCUUUUAGGAAGCUGACGGCACAACGCCAGCCAAAAACACUGUGACUGUGUGAGCGAAUGCGAAGCCACGUAGCUACAGGCUAAAUGUUGGUGUGCGUUGGUGACACGACCACUCAAAUCCCGCUCUGCUGUGCGGUUUGUGCCAGCGGGUCGUGGGUGUGACACGACUGGCGUGUUGGGAUUUGUGGGAAAACCUCCACUAAAAAUAGAGAUAGUACAAAUUGUUCUUACACUCUAAAGCCUUACUCAUGUUUGCCUUGUGUGAUGCACUCCUCCUAUGAGGAAAAAAACCUCUCCAUGAACGGUUUCUGUCUGUGGGAUGACACGUGCCAUCUGUUCUGUUCAUGUCAACAUGUUACCUGCAAACAACUCAUUUGCGUUUCACUCCGUGUACCUGGUGCUGACUUUUCUGCUCUUGUGGUAUCGUUGCCUUCUCCAAAGGAUUCCUUCAGGUCUUCGAAUCAGCAAGAUCUGGUGUUAUUAUUCAGUUUGUCAUCUUUGUGAUUGUCUCUAACAUUAAAUUGUUCCUGCAUUAAGGAGGAUUUCAUGCCAUAUUUCUCUGUAACAGCCUUUUUGUACCACUGAUAGUGCUGUAAUUUAACUGUCAACGUUGGAUUUUGAUAAAUGUCUCAAUAUGCCAGCCUUUGUAUGAAGAUGAACCUGAACUGAAUAAAGUGAAGCAUUCCUACAGUACUAAACUGCA